CCUUACAUUAUUACAGCAAUCCAAGGUAAAAGUGCAGAUCUUCAGGAUUCCAAUGGGACAAUCAUUCCAAAAGUAAAUAUUGACCAACUAAAGUUAAGCAAAGACAGCAUGCCAAGAGUACCACACCGGGGUUCAAAGAAAACAGCAGCCACAUUACCAACAGCACAACCAGGUCCAGCAGCACCACAAGCUGCAGCAGCACCAGCAUCUGCUCUAGCUUCACAGGCUACAGCAGCACCAGUGGCGGUAGCACCACCACCACCUCCUCCUAGAGCUACACAGCCUACAGCACCAAUGGCAUCACUUACAUCACUAUCAGUUCAAACACAACAUCCAUCUCCAGUUCCACAAGGUAUAGCAAUAACGGUAUCAGAUCCAGAGUCAGGAGCAACAGCACAGAAAGAGAACGAACCAGCCACAAGUGCUACAGCACCAGAAUAUGCUACAGCUGUACAAACCGAAUCCCAAACAGCAGCAGACCCAGCCUCAAAGACCAUAACAGCAGACCAGGCCUCACAAACCACAACGGCAGACCAGGCCUCACAAACCACAACGGCAGCAGACCCAGCAUCACAGACCACAACAGCAGCAGACCCAUCCUCACAGACCACAGCUCCAAAUGCUACAACCACACAAGCCUCAGCUCCACAGAUUACAGCCCAGCAAUCUACAGCACAAACCAUGGAAGCAACAGUUCCACUUGUGACACCAGCCCCAGCAACAGCCACACAAGCUAGCCCUGCACCACCUCCAGCAUCACCAUCUCAGAGAUACACUGAACCUGUUGCAGAGAAAUAUAUAAUGGAUGCCUGGGCUGGAAAGAGUCCUCACGUUCUACUCUCCAAAAUUGGUGCUUACAAAUUAUUCUACUGGGAUAUCCAACAAAUUGGUCCGGACAUGGAGUUGGAAAGUGAGUCUAUUAAUGCAUAUCUUGCGAUCAUGGUGAGACAAUGCAAUCGCCAUAAUUCAGCCAAAGCAGCAUUCAUUGAUUCAUUUUCAAUGACUGCCAUUUAGAAGAGAAAAGCUCCAAGACUCAAGAUCAAACCCAUGGAGCAUGAAGUGAUUCUGGGAAUUGUAAAUGAACAUCAUCACUGGACAUUAGUGGUCAUUUACCCACAAGAAAAGAAGUCGCUGUAUCUUGAUCCACUCGGAGAAACUAAACAAAGUAUCCAAAAUUGUUUGGAAUCAACAAGGUAAGGAUAACUGCUCAAAUUUAUUUUGACCCUUUAUUAAACUCUUUGUUGCUGUUGUUAUUUUUGUGUUUAUUAUGACAAUUACAAGUAUGAUGUCAAUCAAAAAAUAAAUGGUACUCAGAAUUAAAAAACUAGCAGCAACAGGUUUAAAUUUUUGUGUUCGCCUUCUGAUAUUGUGGUGUUAUGGGUUAAUUUUGCCUUUAAAGAGAAGUCUCCCCAUGUUUCAAUGUUUAUUUGAGGACCUGAUGUCUGUAUGAGAUGAUGUUUUUACAUUAGAAAAUAUAGCACGGGGAUAUUAAUGUUUAGUAGUUGCAUAAAGUGUUGCGGAGGUUUAGCACUAAAACAUCAGACAAAUGUCUAAAAUAAUUUCACAUAGGUUAUACAUGUGUGAAUUCAUCUUUGCUUCUCCUCCACAUCUCUUCAAAGUGUACUGUGUAAGUGAUUGAUUUCUAUAUCAUGGGAGGAAACAGGAAAAUAAAAACACAAGUAAUUGUCCACGAAAAUGCGUUGUAGACUUUUAAAAAGUAAUGAUUUUAACAAAACAGUGUGGUCAGUGUUCUUAACUUGAUGUUCAACAGACACUUAAGCUCUCCAUACUGUUCACCUUUUUGUGUCACCAAAAUUUUAAAACAUGUUAUUUGUUUUUAUUGUACUUGUCUUUCAGGGCAUUCAUGCGAAAAAAAGGAUGCAACGUCUCAAGAUGGACUUGUGACACAGUCAAACACCCAAAACAAUUGGACGCUACCUCAUGUGGAGUCUUUGCAUUGAAAGUACGAGUCUUAACCGUAAUACAUACAUACAUAUAUAUAUACGAGAAUAUUGGAAAUGUUGUGUUGUAAUAAAUGUUAAUGACAGGAAAAGGAAUAUAAGAUAAUUACACAAUAAAAGAAAGAAAUUGAUUCACAGCAAACAAAUUUCUAUAAAAUAACAUUUACGAUAUUAGCCUAUUUAGUCAUCUUAGAAUCUCUUUUUCAGUUUGCUGAAAAGAUCUUGCGAAAAGAGUCAAUAGACUUUCCGUCUACAAAAAAGGCCAUAAACACACACAGGCUGCAAAUUGCCACCACUCUCCUCCUAGAGACAGAUGACUUGACAAACAUCUGUCUUUUCUGCGGAGAAGAAGAGCAUGAAACUGACAACAAAUGGAUUCAGUGUGAGAUGUGUUUGCGGUGGUUCCACCAGCUCUGCGUGAAAAGCCCACCACCAGAAGACGUGUUUAUUUGUUUCGCUUGUACAUAGUUGACACUAAAGGUGCACAGCUAGUGUUCUUAUGGCACACAUUGUUGAGAACACACAUAUCGACAUAUAUAUAUGUAUAUGUUAAAUUAAGAAGUCUAAAAAAAGAAAAUGGUCUCCAAAGUUACUGUAGUUAUUAGUUAUACUGUGAUUUAUUUUGCAAAUAAACUCUUUCGUGAUAGCAACGCCAAUGUGCAUUAUUGAUUGGGGGGGGGGGGGCACACAUUUUGGCAGCCGAUGCCACACAGCCUGAUAAAAUCUGUAUCCCUCCAUAACUUUUGCU